AUGGACGGCAGUCACGCGGCCUUGAGGGUCCCUCGUCCAGGUUUGCCCAGGAAACUGAAUUCGAAGGCUCAGCAACCUUCAAUCCCUCCGACCAGGAAUACGGGCGACACGAUCCGGAUGGUUCAUUUUCGCCAUAAGCAAGAACCGUUUUCUGGGAUGGUGACGGAGGCAGCAUAUCCGCAGCAGGGUAAGACUUUAAGAGAUUUGGCAGACGACUACAUCCUGGGCUCGGAUUUGCGCGUUCGUGCCUUGGUUGGCUUUGACAUCUCGUAUUCCGAGACGACAAUGGGGAGCCACAUCUUGAUCCGCACUCUGGACUACGUGUCCAACCCAAGGGACUUUGCGAGCGCCGAGUUUCGCGAGACAUUCGAGAACCUGGAAGGGACUGUUUUUAUUCCGUGCGCCAUUCUCUGCACCUUCCUGAACGAUGCGGAGUCCAAGAUCGAUGUCAAGCCACGGCGGAGGUUUAGAAAGCGACGCCGAGUACCAACACCAGAAGAGGGACUCGACACCGAUGACGAGGAAAAUGUGGCUCAGGCAGAGACACGAGCAGCGGAGAAAGCGGACCGAGGCGAUCCUUCUUUCAACAUAGUUUGUCCCGUCAUGGGCGCUACUCGCAAAACCCCACAUAAGGAUUUGUUAAAUCAAUCUCAUCGUUUGCCAUCGUAA